CUGAGACCUGUCUUCCAUGUAGAAAUGAGUUUUAUUUAUCUGUUCCUGUGACAUGAGCCAGCCACGUGUAGGAGGCAACCAGAAGAAGCCUUGUCUCUGGGAGGAUUUCACCUGGCAACACCUCACAUGGAACAGCGCCACCGAAAGCUGGGCCGCCCCUCCCGGCACUGCUCUGCGCAGGCGCAGGGCGCGCGGGCCGCCGGGAGCCGCGCGGUUUGAAAGUGCAGCCAUGGCGGCGGUGACCCGGGAUUCGGCUCCAGCCCCAGCUCCGGCCCCGGCGUGGUCCCAGGGCAGCGGCGGAGGCUACGGCGACGUGGAUAUCCCCACUCUGCUCCGCCUGAGGGACCGAAUGAAGGAGCAGCUUAUAGAGUACAACACGGCUGUUCUUGCUAGUCAGGAAAAUUUCCUUGAUCAAGGAAUUGAAGAAGACUUUAUCCAGAGUGCUACACAGGAUUUGGAAAGAGAUAUAGAGGAAGCAAAAGUGUCUUUCCAGAACAAAACAUUGGCCUUGCAAAGGAUCCAAAUUAUGGAUGCCCUGAGAAACAAAUUGAAACAAGAGGAUGAGGACUCACGUCUGAUCCUGGAAACAAUGAAACGCAUAGUAUUGCUCAGCCAGACAAUAAUUGACUAUCAGCAGCAAGUAUGUCAGAAGGAACAGCAGCUGAUUGAAAUUAAAAGGGAAAGACUCUCACUAAAAAAAUAUGGAGGACAGAAACUACAGCAAAUUCAUACCAUGAUGAAAAAGCAAAAGGAGGAACAAGCAAGAGUGGAUGUAACUGAAAAAGAGAAGAUGCUUGCUAAAUUAGAAAAAGAAAGACAGAUGACUACAAUAAUUCAAAAUGUGUUCCAGAACAUCAUUAUUGGAAGUAGAGUUAACUGGGCAGAAGAUCCAUCUUUAAAGGCAAUUGUUCUACAGCUUGAAAAAAAUGUGCAACUUCAGUGAGUCAGAAGACAUGGUGCUUAUUUUAUACAGUGUUUAUUUUAUACAGUGCAUUUUAACUAAACUUGAUAGAUUAUAUUUAUCUCAAAAACACACUUCAAGAAUUUUAAAAUUUGACCUUUCUGGAAGAUUAUGUUCUCUUCAGAGAAUUAGAAUGUGUCAAAGCAGGCAGUAGAGCUGAUGAAAUGAAAUUACCUGAAGACUCCCUUCUCACGCUGUCCUGUCUCAAGCACUUAUUUUCCUCUGAAGGGCAGCAAGAAUGCCAGAAAAGUUUCAAGGUUUCAUGUAGAAGUGGAUUUAAACAGAGGAUUUGCUGUGACCCUUUCCUGGGGACCAGCAGGCCAUAGAGCUCAAGCAGGACCCUGCUCAGUCCCAGUCAAAAGCUCAAUCAGGAGAAUGUAUUAGCAAGUCUGGAGCAGGGAUUAUUUUUGUUUUUAAGGCACUAUCUAUCAUUUUAAACAUCAGAAAUUUUAUGCUCUUAUUAGCAUUGACUCUUGUCUGCAGAGAUGACUUCAUGCUAUCGACUGUGCAGCUAAGCAGUAUUUUAAUUGCAUGUCUUCACUAGCAUUUGUGCUUUUUUCAGUUGCUGUUGUUUGUUUGAUAUUUGAAGGAAAUCGACUCUUGGGGUGUAGCACACUUUAGGAGGGUGUAGUGUCCUUGUU